AGGCGGCGGCGAGCUCACCCACCCACGCGGACGCCGCCGCCCCGCCGCCGCCGCCGCCGCUCCCUGCCCGGUGGGACGCGGCGGCGGAGGCGGCCGUGAGUUUCCCGCCCUGCGGGGCAUGAAGGGGCCGCGGCCGGGCUCGAGCCAUGGCCAGGCGCGGCGGCGGAGGCGCAGGGGCGGCGGCGACGUGAGCGGGGCGCCCGCGAGGAGCCCGAGGAGCGGCGGCGGCGGCGGGAAGGAGGUGGGUGGGCGGCCACCCCCGGGAGGAGCCCCCCGCGCGGAGCGGCUGCGCGCCCCCGCCUCCUCCUCCUCCUCCUCCCCCCCACCCGGGCCACAGGUGCGCGGCGGCGGCGGCAGCGCUGGGCGGCGGAGCCGGGGAGAAGGCGAAGGCGAAGAUGGCUCUGGAGAAGGUCUACUCGGUGCUGGAAGUGUUCUUGAUAACGGUACUGGUGGUGGAAGGGAUUGCUGUGGCUCAGAAAACUCAAGGUGGACAGAAUUUUGGAGGUAACCGCAUGGCAACCACCCAGUGUAGUGACUGGGUACGAACAAGCAACGGAGGGCAGUUUGCCUCACCAAACUUCCCUAAUUUCUACCCACCCAACCAGGAGUGUCUCUUUAUUUUAGAAGCUGCCCCACGCCAAAGGAUAGAAUUGACCUUUGAUGAACCGUACAACAUAGAGCCCUCGUUCGAAUGUCGAUUUGAUCACCUGGAGGUUCGUGAUGGACCUUUUGGCUUCUCCCCACUCAUUGAUCGCUACUGUGGUCAGAAAAGUCCUACCCUAAUUAGAUCAACAGGGAGAUUUAUGUGGAUAAAGUUUACUUCGGAUGAGGAGAUAGAAGGAAUGGGAUUUAAAGCAAAAUAUUCAUUUAUACCAGAUCCUGACUUCACGUACCUAGGAGGUAUUUUAAAUCCCAUCCCAGAUUGCCAGUUUGAGCUCUCAGGAGCUGAUGGGAUAGUGCGUUCCAGUCAGGUAGAACAAGAUGACAAGACAAAGCCCGGGCAAGCAGUUGACUGCAUAUGGACAAUUAAGGCUACUCCAAAUGCCAAGAUCUAUUUGAGAUUUCUGGACUACCAAAUGGAGCAUUCCAAUGAAUGUAAGAGGAACUUCGUGGCUGUGUAUGAUGGAAGUAGCGCCAUCGAGAACUUGAAAGCAAAGUUUUGCAGCACGGUGGCGAAUGAUGUGAUGCUGCAGACUGGAGUUGGAGUGGUGCGGAUGUGGGCGGAUGAAGGCAGCAGAUUAAGUCGAUUCCGGAUGCUCUUCACUUCAUUUGUGGAUCCUCCUUGCUCAGGCGGCACUUACUUUUGCCAUAGCAACAUGUGCAUCAAUAAUUCUUUAGUCUGCAAUGGCAUUCAAAACUGUGCAUACCCUUGGGAUGAAAACCACUGCAAAGAAAAGAAAAAAACAGGACUCUUUGAACAAAUCACCAAGACACAUGGGACAAUCAUUGGGAUUACUUCAGGAAUUGUCUUGGUUCUCCUCCUCAUUUCAGUCCUGGUGCAAGUCAAACAGCCCCGCAAGAAAGUGAUGGCUUGCAAGACCACUUUCAACAAAACUGGCUUCCAGGAGGUUUUUGAUCCUCCUCACUACGAACUCUUCUCGCUGAGAGACAAAGAGAUUUCUGCUGACUUGGCUGACCUGUCUGAAGAACUUGAAAACUACCAGAAAAUGAGGCGUUCCUCCACGGCGUCACGAUGCAUUCACGACCAUCACUGUGGCUCCCAAGGCGCCACUGGAAAGCAAAGCAGGACCAACCUCAGUUCAAUGGAACUUCCCUUCCGCAAUGACUUUGCACAGCCUCAGCCGAUGAAGACCUUCAACAGCACCUUCAAAAAAAGUAGCUACACUUUCAAACAGGCUCACGAGUGCCCAGAACAGGUCAUAGAAGACAGAGUGAUGGAAGAGAUUCCUUGUGAAAUCUAUGUGAGGGGACGAGAGGAGGCUGCACAGGGGUCGUUAUCAAUUGACUUUUAAUCUCCAAGGUGAAGUGGCUGUGUGUAAAUAGUAUAUAUAAACCUGUGUGUGUACAAAAAAUGUACCAUAUGGAAUUUGGUGGAGAAAUGAGUAUUCAUACUUUUUUUAGCUUAACUUAUCUAAUCUCCCACCCCAAAAGGAAAGCUCAUAAAUCAAUUUCCUUCCCUUGAACUGCCCAUUUGGUUGAAGAACAAAACAGUAGGUUUUGCAUGAGGCUUCAAUGACUUGAUGUCUAAAGACAAUACACUAAUACCGAAACAGUCUGGUCACUGGCUACAUGUAGUUUCUACCGUCACUUCAUUUUCUGUCCUCCGGGUACUUGGAUUUCAAGACGGAAGUUUAAUUAUUUCAGUUAUUUUUAAAAAGUGGGUACUGCUGCACCACAUAGUUUAACAUUCAAAGCAUUUGUCAUAAUUGUCAGAGUGUAGCUAGAGUUAUUGUGGUAAGUGCCAAUUAAGACUCAAAUGAGUUGUGUUGCAUUUAUCUGCUUCAUCUUGACAUCUUUAUAUGGCUGCCUUUUUCAUGACUGGCUCUUUCUAGGCCAAUCCUAAGACUUUCUAUGCCAGCAGAUAAGUGGUGAACUGGCUACUUGUGCUAGUGAUCCUAGGCCAGCAUUGUGGGACCAUUAUAUCAGCACAAAUAUUCAGGAUCUAUUCAGGUUCUGUCUUCUUUGUGGGAGAAGGAAAUGAAAUUGUUUUCUUGCUUUUUUGAAAUUGUGAUUUAAAGAUGAAAAUCUUUAGAAUCCAGUUCCAUCGCGAAAUCAAGUUUUUUUGCACCAGCAGUUCAGAAUCCAUGGAUAAAUUCAACAUAGACGUGCUGAAUAGCUGUGGUGUUCUAUACCAUACUUUGAAGCACGAGCCCAUCAUCAUGUGGUGCUGAGCACAGAUAAAAAGUCACCUCAACACACCUGCAGUUAUCAAAAGUGUGUUUCAGUGUUUAGAGCUUGACUUGUAUUUCCUUCUUCCAGCAAUACAUCAGGGAUUUAAACAAACCGCUGGUAGGCAAAUUCUGCCAUAUUUAACAGGAUGCAAAAAUAAUGGUUGCAAGUACAGGACUGUGAAAUAGUAUUGGCCCAUGUUUUUUCAAAGUCUUUCAAGAGAGUUGCUGCAUUAUUGGUGGUUGUCUGACAGCAGUCUUGUUUUAAUGUUUUCCCCACAAGCAUCACUGCUGGAAUCAAUACUGUAUGCUCUCUCCUGGAGAUAUAAGUAGAUGAAAAGUGUAAAAAAAUUGUGUUGUAAGAAUACAAACUGCUGUGGAUGGCAGGGCCAAGUCCAGCCCUAGGCCAACAUGUUAUGAUUUAUAUUGCAUAAAUACUGUUAAGUUCAUUAUAUAUUGUGUGGAAUGCCUGCCUACAAUCUACUCUCUGUCAAGUGUUUUAUAUAGCUAAGUGAGGAUUUUCUGAUUCCUUUUUUCUUGGCAGGAUUCUGAUGCCAUUUAGAAUUUAUUUAUUUUUUGUAGGAAAGGACACUCCACCUGCCAUGAGGAACCAGACCAAGGUCUGCAACACCGUGGCAGUCUAGGAGGGAACUGGGAGUCAGAGAUUCUCUGGUACUGUGAUAUUCAGGCUUCUCAACCCUCACCCAGAAGUGCACCUAGGUAAUUUUGGAGCCUGGACCUAAAGGCCUUUGGAGGGCUGGCUCUGCAAGUUAAGGAUCAUUUUUUAACACGUAGGUUCUUGAGGCCACAAACCACACCACCCAGGACAGACUAAAGAUGAUUUGGGGGCCCCAGCAGGUGUGGAGGUCCUGGACUUCAGCCAGGGCCAAAGAGCACCUCUGCCCUCACCCCCCGGGGUGCCAAAAAGUAAACUGACAUCAUCCUCUUCCAACAAGUGGAAUUGACUACCAGCUAGUUCAAGCUGUCAAAGCCAUGCACUGUAGCUCAGUGGCAGAGCAUCUGCUUUGCAGGCAGAAGGUCCAAGGUUCACUCCCCAGCAUCUCCCGGUAUGGCUGGGAAAGACUCCUGCCUGAAACCUUGGAGAGUGUGACAAUAUUGAGCUAGAUGGACCAACAGUAUCGGCAACUCCCUAUGUUCCUGUGAGAGGAGUUUGUGUUUUCCCUUAUUUUCAGCUCCCAGAGGUCUGGAUAUUGGAUUUUCUCCUUUCCAUCCAUUAGGAAGCAGGUUAUCCGAAGAAAGAAUUGGCCAAGAAUGGGACUAAGAGCCCACUUCCCUUUCAAAACUUGCCUCCUCCCCCACCCACCCACCCCCCGCCUGACAGAGUGAUCUGUAACCUUCUUGGACAAGGUUCUAGUAUUUGUCUCACCCUUUGGCUUUAGGUUGAUCUUUCAUUGCAGACCAGGCUGAAGAAAGAAGUCGUUUCACAUGCUGUCGUUUUUGGUUUUGUGUUUGGUUUGGUUUUUUAAAAAUUCUGCAAGGGUGGUCUCCAGAUUUCUAUGAACAACCAACUGAUAAACAGAACUCUCCAACUUUUCUUAGACUUUGAUACCACUUGAUGCUGUAUGACCUGUGUAGUGUGCCACCCACGCACUCGAUCCACUUGGUUUUCAGUGUGCAUGUUAACAGCUAUGAACUGCAACAUUGCUACUUGUGAAGAAUACCUGGUUUCUUUACCACCUAGCCUUCUUUAAAUCAUGGUUUCUUGAGCUUUCUUUGUUUACAUGUCUGUCUUUCACUAAAUGUGACCUUACGACUCUGAGCCAGUGGGCAAUACCCUGUAUUAAGAAAUGUAUAUAAAGGAAACUUGUGAAUUA